CGCAUCUACGCUACGGUGCUUCGUUCUUUGUCAUUCUGUUCGCACAUUCAUUCACAUUCUUUCAACUCUUUCUCUACGUUCUGCUCAUCUUACAUUCUUUACUUCAUAUCCAUUCGUUCAGCAAUUGACGCAUAGAAUCGUACUUUACCCCAGUAUCCAAGAUGAGAGGCUCCAUACUUUCUCUCCUUACGUUUGGCAGCGCAGUCAGCGCCUGGCUCCCAGCCGAGCGCGGCUUCUUCAAAUCUGAGGCUCGAAGCCUCUCCAUCGGUCAAGGCCGCUCCAUCACCAAACGCUUCAACCCGGACAAGAUCCGUGGUGUCAACCUCGGGUCCCUCUUUAUUGUCGAGCCAUGGAUGAUGGGCCAAGCCUGGAACGACAUGGGCUGCGGCGACCAAAAGUCCGAGUUCGACUGCGUGCUGAAGCUCGGCCAGGACGGCGCUGACGCAGCGUUCAAGCAACACUGGGACACCUGGAUAACCGAGGAGGAUCUCGACAAGAUGAAGGAGUACGGUAUCAACGCUAUCCGUGUACCCGUGGGCUACUGGAUGGUUGAGGAGCUCGUCGACCAGAGCGAGCACUUCCCGCGGGGCGGGCUUGAGUACCUCGACCGACUCGCCGGAUGGGCGGCGUCUCGCAAUAUGUACAUGAACUUGGAUCUCCACGGUGCGCCGUACUCGCAGGAGAUCCAUCAGCCCUUCACUGGCCAGUACUCCGAAGAAGCCGGCUUCUACCAAACGUCCCAGUACGAGCGCGCCUACACCUUCCUCCAGAAGAUGACCGAGCGCAUCCACACCACCGACGCCUACCGCACAACCGGCAUGAUCGAAGUGCUCAACGAGCCGCAGCGCACCCACGACUCCCUCAUCCCAGAGUACUACGCAACCGCCUACGGCAAGAUCCGUGAGACCGAGGCCAACCUCGGCGUUUCCGACGACAAGAAGCUCACCAUCCAGUUCAUGGCCGAGUCCUGGGGCGCGGGCAACCCGCGGCAGGUGCUGGAGGGCAAGACGGACGUCGCGUUCGACGACCACCGGUACCUCAAGUGGGCCAACAUCGACCAGAGCAAGCCGAGCUAUAUCGCGACGAGCUGCGGUGACACAUUCGGUGGCAACGACAACAGCCCGAUUGUGGUGGGCGAGUGGAGUCUGGCGGUCGCCGACAACAACGAGCAGACGCCUGAGUGGGAGCCGCAGGGCAACAAGGACUGGUACAAGCAGUGGUGGGGCGCGCAGGUGCAGGCGUACGAGAAGGGGCUCGGGUGGUUCUUCUGGAGCUGGAAGGUGCAGCUUGGGGAUGACUACAGGUGGGGGUACAGGAACGCGGUUGAGGCGGGCGUCAUCCCUCUGAGCCCUGACGAGGCUGCCGGACUGGCCAAGUGCUAGGCGUGCGAUGCCGUGUGAGGGACAGAGGUGUCCUUGGUCGUAUUCUGCUUCUUCCUUGGCCUGCGCUCCAUCAGCGCGUGGCAUUCCUGCAUAGCGUUUGUUGUUAUUUAGACGAACACCUAUUUUCUAGAUAUCGAAUUCUCAAUACCCUACUUGCCAGUAUCAAAUCACCGCGGCAGGAC